GCGCCCGGGGCGGGGCGGGCCGCCAUGGAAGUGCGCAGCGAGGCUGCAUGCCUGCCGUCGGGGGACGACAGCCUUGCUGCCUCGCUGGCAUGGAGAGCAGAAGAUGGAGAUCCCUGGACGUGCUUUCUAAGAGGACAGCGGUACUAUGAAGAGGGGAGGUAUGAAGAAGCAUUAGUACAAUUUGAAAAAAACAAGGACACAGAUUUUCAGGCACUGUAUCAGCUUGGUGUAAUGCAUUACGAUGGACUAGGCACUAAUAAGGACCCUGAAAAGGGAGUGGAAUACAUGAAGAAAAUACUCUACUCUGAUUCCCCAGAGGCAAGACACUUAAGGUUUGCAGCUGCGUACAAUCUUGGCAGAGCACAUUAUGAAGGAUAUGGUGUUAAGCAUUCAACUGAAGAGGCUGAAAGGUUGUGGCUUAUUGCUGCAGACCAUGGGAAUCCAAAAGCAAGCGUGAAGGCCCAGAGUACUUUAGGAAUGCUUUAUUCCAUGCCAGAUCUAAAGGAUCUGAAGAAGGCCUUUUUCUGGCACUCAGAAGCAUGUGGCAACGGAAGCCUGGAAUCACAGGGUGCACUUGGUGUUAUGUAUCUCUAUGGACAAGGUAUACGUCGGAACAGUAAGGCUGCUCUGAAGUGCUUGAAAGCAGCAGCAGAAAGAGGAAACAUCUAUGCUCAGGCCCACCUUGUGGAGUAUUAUUACAGUAGAAGAUUCUUCUCAACAGCUGCUGCCAUAGCCAAAAGGACUACAGAAAAUGACAACAUCGAGAUGCUAGCAACGAUGACUGAUUGUCUCCCUACAUAUGCAGCCAAAGGGGUUGCUAUAGCUGCCUUCUACCUGGCUAGGUGCCUCCAUCUUGGCCGAGGCACAGAGAAAGAUGAAGCUGCUGCUAAAAAAUACUAUUCUAAGGCUUGCCUUCUGGAUCCUGAUGUUGCUUCUGAGCUUGAACUGAAAGCUAAUCUUGGAAGAAUUUAAGUGUUUCCUUCAGUUCUGAACAUCACAGGUAACAGCAGCAUACAAGGUCCUUCUGCUCAUCUUCCAUGCAACUGCUCUUCUGAAAGCCUCGGAUUCUCCAAGCAAUGCAGUGAGUGUCUGCUGCUUCUCAGCUAUAAUAAAUCAGUGCGUAACUUAUGGGCGGCUCGGAUGUGUGGAGAUUCUCAUAGACAAAAGCAGUACUGUAUUUUAAACAGCUUUUUGUUACUCAGAAUGAUUCGGAUGAUGAAGUGAAUAUGUUUUUUCUGACUUUGCUCAAGAACAAAAAAAGUUACUUGCAGAGAUCAGUACCAUACUACCAUUAUGUGUGCAAAACCACACACCCAGGGCUUUAAUUCUGAGUGGAACUCAGCAAUUAAGAAGAUUCUAAAACUAAAAGCCCACUUUUCUGGUUACUCACAUAGAGUAGAUGCUUGUUGGCCUUUCUUUCUUGCAGUGCAUUGAACACUUUCACUACACCAUGGCGGGCAUUUUGCUGUCCAACGAGGCUCUGCAGAGUAUCUGCAACAAACAUGACUUCAGCGUACAGCUUCACUCCUGAUAGGCAGUGUCCAACCAACACUACCACCCAAAAAUACAUAAGGCUGGAAAAUGAAAUGCUGCCCUUAAUGGUAGUUAUAGAUGCCAUCCACCAGCCUUUUAAAAACAUGUAGGUAACUCAGGUCACUGGUUGGAAAGUAACCCUUCACUCUCAAGUCAGCUGAGUCAAAUAAAGAAUAUUGUCACCAAGA